AUGGCAAACUCUGACAAGCAGCAACCUGAUAACAAUCUGACAAUCAGGCACAGGGUGGCUGGUUUACUUAUGAACGGCUCUAAUUUAUCCAAUUCAAAGGCACAACUUGCAGCAUCUGUGGACAGAACAGAGGUGCCACUGAGUGCUUGUCAGCGAGGCUGUCGACUGUUCUCUAUCUGUCAGUUUGUGGAUGGUGUCAGUGAUUUGAACAGCACCAGGUCUGAGUGUGAGGCAGCAUGUUUUGAGGCUUACUAUCAGAUGGAGGAGCAGAAUGGCUGCAACACUGGCUGCAAGGAGCAGUUCCUCCAGGCAGAAAGAAGACGGACACAGCAUCUGACACCACCCCCUGAACCUUCCUCCAUCUUCGACUAUGUGUCGACUCUCUGCAGUGACAUUGUCAGCUCAGCCCAGAGCUUCAUCUCCUCCACUUGGACUUUCUACCUCCAGGCUGAUGAUGGCAAAGUUGUUGUCUUCCAGGCUCACCCAGAGCUCGAACUGUCUGCUCCAGAUUUACAGGCCGUGCAGUUUGAUAUGGGACAGGUCCCUUACGAGUGGAAUCCUAGCGAGCACGAGAAGCUGAUCCCACAGACAGCUGUACGUCAUGGUGCGGAGAAGAGAGUCAGUGCGAGACCAGACCCCGAGUUUAAACAGGCACCUGUACGUCAAGAGGGAUCACCAUCUCAACACGAUUUCCUGGGCUGCAUGUCACGGCGUUCGGGCCUACCCCGCUGGAUCCUAGCUGCCUGCCUCGUGCUGUCUAUCCUGGUGAUGCUGUGGCUGAGCUGUGCCAGUUUAGUAACUGCUCCUGAGCAACAUGUGAAAUCCCAGCCUCUGAGCAUUAACGGUGAUCAAGAUGGGAUGGAGAAGACUCCUUCAUAUGGAUUGACUCCCCUCAUCACCAUGUCUCUCAGGGAGCAGGAGGAGGAGAAUGUGGGACCUCUGCCUGUGAAAGUGGAUCUGAGUAACACCCUCAUCUAGAAUAUUCCGUCUCCCAGUUUAAAGAGACAGUUCCAUCUUGCUUGCUUAUAUUUCCAAACAAAAUUGACUCAUUGAACCCUGCUCUCCACUUCCCUUUUUAUUAUAAACUCAUUCGGGACUGGUGGCCAGUGAAAGAAAGCCCUGGAUUACACCUUCUAGAAUCAAGACCUAGAGAAUCUCUGGACGCUACAUUAAAAUGUGCUGGCCCAGGAUCUCAAAUUCCUUCUUUGUUAAAUUGAGGUCUAAAGGAAAAGUGUGCAAGUUUCUGGGACAUUCAGAUUCCCUGGAUCAUACUGUGACUUGACUCCUUGUUCUCAUUCUUCGGGACCCUGUUACAGAACCCCUUACUUGAUCUUUAGUCCUUGCGACUGUGAUAGUGAGUUUUAGAGAAGGAUGAUCUGAGUACAGUUUCUUUCUGUUAGAGAGCGAGGGAUUCAUGGGCUAGAGGCAAUUGGUUUCUGAUGGAACAAAUAAUCCUGAUCAAAUAAGUAACAGUUCGGAGCAUAUACCGUGUGCUGAAAUGAAACGUUUUGUGCAGUGCUGACCUUAGGUGCACCAAUUCCACCACAGGCAUGAGUUUCGCAUGGAAAUGCUACCGUUUAUCCAUCCAUCACUCAACUCUUCUAGGACAAGCCGGGGUUGAGUUUGGGAUUGGCUGGGCCUGAAAGUGGGAGGGAGAUGCUUUGGGCCAUUGAGUGACCAACAUCAAUUGACAGAGUUAGAGUCUUGCUCCAUCAGUGGGUAAAUUGACAGAAAUUUGAUUUGAUUUUAAUAUUGUCGCAUAAUAUAGUGAAAGGUAGAGUUCUGCAUGCUAUCCAGGCAAAUCAUACUUUACAUAAUUACUUCAUGGUAAUAGAACAGAAUGCAGAAUAUAGUAUUACAGC